CGUCACUCCAAAUGACCGAGAUCAUGUGAAUCUGUGAAUCACCAAUACGGCCAUUCUGGCCCUUUCCCCUCUCGCCUGAUUGGUUUAGAUGCCUUGUCGCUUUUUCCUGCCCCCUUCUUCUGCGUCUCGAACGGUUUUUAAGUCCUCUUACUCACUCAGCCAUUCAAAGCUCGACACACCUACCCUAGGGCGUUCCCUAACUGGCACCUGCCUCACACGUACACGUGGUGUGUGAUUGCUCGUGUUGUGCGGCCCUCUGCCCGUAUCACAUUUGGCGUGUUGUUUGUCACGGCGACAGGCCACGCGCGUUGCCUUGACGACCUUGCUCGUUCGAUUUCCUGGAACAUUUCGCACACCUUCGAGUACCGAGCUGGUCGUUCAUUGUUGCAGUCACUUUACUCUGGACAGUUACGCCUGCUCAGUUUACGUCAACCUUUUACACAUGGAGCUGGAUUAUCCAGAAACAUGUUUGACCGACUUUCAAGUAUUUGAAUUGCUUGGCCGUGGUGGCUUUGCUCAGGUAUAUCGAGCCAAAUCGAUUAUUACAGGGCAAGAAGUUGCAAUUAAAAUGAUUGAUAAAAAAGGAAUGAUCCAGCAUGGAUUGGCCAAUCGCGUUAGACGUGAGGUGGAAAUCCAUAGCCGACUGAAGCAUCCUUCAAUUCUUGAGUUAUAUACCUGCUUCGAGGACGCGAACUAUGUCUACCUUGUGUUGGAAAUAUGCCAUAAUGGCGAAUUACAAACAUACAUACGGCAAAAUGGUCCAGUGUCCGAGAACGUGGCUCGUCAUUACCUGAAACAACUAAUCAACGGGCUGCUUUACCUACAUUCACAUAAUAUUCUGCAUCGGGAUUUAACUUUGGCCAAUUUGCUUCUCACUAAGGACAUGAAAGUGAAAAUUGCCGACUUUGGUUUGGCUACCAAAAUUGAGCCUGGAGAAGAUCAUAAAACUUUAUGCGGGACACCAAACUACAUAUCACCUGAGGUAGCUAGUCACGGUCUGCAAGGCUUGGAAACCGAUGUGUGGUCCCUCGGCUGUAUGUUCUACACCCUCCUUGUCGGUCGUCCACCUUUCGAUACUCGUGAAGUGCGAUCCACAUUGAAUCGCGUGUUGGCCGUCGACUAUGAACUGCCAUCCCACUUGUCUCGCGAAGCCACUGAUCUCAUCAGUCGUCUUUUGAAGCGAGAGCCACAGGAACGGAUCAAGCUUCGAUCGAUUCUCCAGCAUCCGUUCAUAUUGCAAAAAGCCACUACGAAUCAGCGACUCAUGGAAGUUUCCAACGACAGUGGUAUUGACUCCAUGUCAAGGAGCCCACUGGGCUGCCUCACCAACAAUCUUGUUCCAGUCUCUGCACACAAAAUGGUUGAAAGUGAUUCUCAAACCCACCCCCCAGUCACACCUGACUCACGUGGUCCCCUCCCACCCGCGACUUCCUCACACGCACAGGCUUCUUCCUCCCCUCCCUGUACGCACGAUUUAGUCGGUGAAUCACGAAAAGCGAGCCCUCCUGAAUGUUCUACAAACCCUCGAAUCCUCCUCAAUCGGCAUCCAUCCGAUUGUUUGAUUGAACAAUCACAGAUCAGUCACUCGAGUCUAGGUCUUAACCCAACAUGUUCACUUCAACAUUGGCGGCAGUCAGCGAACAAGGAAAUCUUGGGGACCAGCCUCUCCGGUUUCUCGUUAUCUUCCUUGUCUCGUCCGGCCACUACUCUGGACAAAGCCCCUUGUGAUCAACCCCUUCGUCCCUGUUUGGCGUCUCAGUCAUCCGCUGAUGCAUGCCCCUCAAAAGCCAAGCACGCCCCUCCCCCACCUCUCAAUAGCCAGCGAUUACGACCCAUGAGAACAUACACGAAACUUGCUGUAAUUAACAUACUGGAGGAUGAGUCUGUUUGUGUUGAAUUUCUUCGGGGAAAUGUUCCCAAACCGGGCAUCCGCGACGACGACUGCUUACCGAGACAGGCUUCUCAGGGUCCCCCACAGCCCUCUGUGCGUUCAAUGCCCGUUGUGUCGGAAGUGAUGGGUAUUAGCCCUUCCGGAGAUCGGUUGAUAAUUUACCAGCCUGGUUGCGGAAAAGGCGUCCCUCUGAACACAUGCGGCCUCUUCGAAGAACCUAGUGGCUCAUCUCCCUCCGACGCAUCACUCGUAGGUGGACCCCCCGCAGCUCAACCUGGAGAUAUCAUUUCUUACCACAAGCUGGUAGAUUUGCCUGAAAAGUAUUGGAAAAAGUAUCAAUUUGCCACUAAGUUCAUACAAAUGGUCCGCGCACACACACCCAAAAUCACUCUGUUUGCUCAACGAGCCAAAUGUAUGCUGAUGGAGAAUGGUCCUCCAGCCGAUUUUAUCGCCGAAUUUUACGCGGACGGCACACGCAUUGCUUGUGCCGGUGAUGGAUCCAUUCGCAUUACUCAGCCUGCCCCGGCGCCACCCAAGGGCGACACCCCUUCGAGUACUUCUCAAGCACCUGUCACCAUAUACUUAGACUCUAACCGAAGUUUGUCAGCUUUGGCACCGGCAACUCGUCAACUACUGGAUUACGUUUCAGAGCAAAGAGACCAGUGCGUGAAGUUGGAACAGACGUUGUCCUCGUUUAGCAUAUCUCGCGAGGUUUGUGAACCCGUACGCACCUCCAUUUUUCCUCUGGUGCUGGGCAGAAAGCCGAAAAACGUCUUCGUUGACUCCCAGAACGUGCCCGACCCAGGCACACCUGACACACUGCCGCCCUGCUUGUCCAAAUUAGUGUCCUGUACAGUCCGAUCGAAACUGAAUCGAGAUCAUCGGCCGCCAAUCUUCGUACCGACUGUAGGCUGGGCUCAGCAACAAGCUGAUGACGAACUUCAAGUUCAGUUCAACGACGGUGCCCGACUGGUUCUCUCCUACGACCAGUCUUUGGUCAAUUGCGUUCGGUACACACCGCCACCUGCACCCGGUGAAGCUCCAAGCUUUGAGAAAUCCAAGGAGCGAUAUUAUGGAAACGCAGACCCUCUUCCGGAGGACGUGCAUCGGCGACUGGAGCUUAUGCCUUUGGUGAUUCAGCGUCUCCGAUUGGAAGAAUGUACUGCAAAACGGACGUUUGUGUGACACGUUUGAUUUCUUUCCCCUUCAUUUCGAGUGUCCCCAUGAUGGCUGUGAUGGCUGACCUUGCGCGUCCCUGAAACUCUCGCACAUCAUUCCCUCUAUAGGUCUAUUCGCCCUUCUCCCUAGUUUUACUCCUCCUUUUUGCUUUCUACGGUUUCUGUUCACACUUCUGCAUAAGAAGUACUAUCACACCAACUUCCGGUUUCCCCUUCCUUUCUCAUGAAUUCUUCAGUCCCGGUUUUGCAACACACGAGCAAGGCGGAGCAAAUAGCAAAAGCGCCAUCGGAAGUACAUGUUUUGAUUGCGCACCUCGCAAGUGCAGAUAUGUUCGUUGUACAAACUCCUGGGGGGCUUUUUCCACUCGAACCACCCCAACGCCAUUGAACCAUCUGGCUUUUGUCCGCUAGUUGGGCUUUCACGGUUUCUUCCGCUUCUUAAUCCGAAGUGGAACCGCUCUUCGGGAUGCACGACAUCUCCUGUUCACUUGCAGAUGGCGUACUUUUUUGUACAUAUGAGCCCAUUUGUAUCUGCUUGUCCGUGUGCGAUAAUCGUACAUUUUCCCGAUAAUUACGCCUUAUUUAUGUACAUAUGUCCAUGUACAUACAUGCAUAUCGUAGCCUUAUUUGCAUUUUUGGAUAAUGUGGAAAUGCCGGAAUGAAAAAUCAUACAAUUUUACCGCUUCU